AUGGGCUCCAAUGAAGGGAUGUACCCACCAGGUGGGUUUACCAAUUUUCUCCAGUCAAAUGGUAGUCCAGAGAAUUUCCAUUUAGUUGGAAAUACAACAAGUAGAACUACAAUUUCUCCAACUGCUCCAAGUUUGAAAAGAACCCUAGAAAGCAAUGCAGAAGACAAAGAAACAAUCAAUAUUGAUGCGGAUGAAACCAACGAAGACGAGAGGACUGAGAGGCGAUUGAAUUGGACGAAACCUGAAGACGUUAGAUUGGCUUCUGCUUGGCUGCGUAACUCAAAGGACCCAGUUGAUGGAACCGAUAGGAAGGCAGAUCAAUAUUGGACGGAUGUUACUGAAGAAUACAAUAAAAGCACAGAGGUUUGCUGUAGGAGAAACCGGAAUCAACUGAAGAUCCGCUGGGACCGUGUUAAGAAACCAGUAAUGGAUUUCCAUGGUUGCUGGAAUAGAACCACCAAAGUCUACAGAAGUGGUGUGAGCGAUGAUCAACUGAUGGAAAUUGCUGAGAAGAUGUAUGCUAGUGAACAUAAUGACAAAGAAUUUACACUGAAGCACUUUUGGAAGGUUGUGAGGAAUGAAAGGAAGUGGUCUGCAUAUGUGAAAAAGGAACAGGAAAAAGAAAAGAACAAGAGUGCAGCUGAUUCGCCGUCUCAAGUGGUGAAUUUGGAAGAUAAUCCUAAGAUUCGUCCUAUUGGACAUAAGAAGGCUAAGGCUGAGCUCUAUGGGAAAAAGAAGACACCUGAAGCUUUUUCUGCUAUUACUGACAAGCUAGACAAGUUCAUUGAAGUAAGCACAUUGGCUAGAAAGGACCGUGAGAAGAUGGCGGAGACGCAACAAAUUAUGGCAAAAAGUAAGGUAGAAGCUGCUAGGUUGACUGAUAAGGCAGCAGAGAAGCAACUCAAGUGUAAAAUGCUAGACACUUACAGAGAGCUUCUGUUAGCUCCAACAACUAAUAUGAAUGCUCAUGCUUUGGCUGAGAGGGAGAAAGCACUAGAGAGUAUGAGGUUGGUCUUAUUUGGUACAUGCCCUAGGUGA